AUGCCGCCAGUAAAAAUCUGGUUCCAAAACCGCCGCAUGAAAUGGCGCAACUCAAAAGAAAGAGAGCUCUUAGCAUCCGGUGGAUCCAGAGAGCAAACGUUACCGAACAAAAAUAAUCCACAUCCAGAUCUGUCAGACGCGGAGGCUGACAAACCAAAACUAUCGCCCUUAACCGAGGAGGUGGAAGAGAAAAAAAUAUUUGCGACAACAUCGAACUGUCAAAGUGACAGUUACUUUCACGAUAAGAUGGCGCCGUUCGCGCGCGAAUUUUCUAAUAUGGAGGAAGGUGAAGAGUAUGAAAGUGAAAGCGCUUCGGAUGAAGAAAUUAACGUGACAUGA